AUGAUAGGAUUCCAUAACUUUUGCUCUACAAUUCGGCCUUCUAGAGCAAUUCAUAGAGUUAACGCCCACAUGUUAUCUCAUAAGAUAGAUUUACACGAUUUCAGAGAAAAGUUACACAACUGCAAAGCUAAAUACACAUUUAACGGUAACAAAUCAUCAAACAUAACGUUUGACUCGUUUUCUGAGUCGCUCGAAGUCGUUGAAACUACAGGGUAUGUUGUAAAUAACCGCAUUAAACUUAGAAAAACGCGUGUUCAUGAUGGAACGAUUAGUCUAACCACUUCUGAUAACAGGGAGUACGAUCAGAUCGCAAUUUCUUUUGCCAUGAUCAAUGCCGUUAAACUAAACUACUUGGAGCUCGACAUUACAAAUGCGCUUGAGUUGAAGAACAAUGCCCUCAACGAGCUUGUUAACGUCGUAAAAUCGCACAAACUGGACAGGCUUGCUAGAACUCUUUUCGAUCUUGAGACCAGAGCCCACAAUUGCAGAUACAGGCUGAACCUCCAGCAAGAUCUGCUCGAAUACCCUGAUGUGUUAUGGGACUAUGACAAGCAGUGCGACCUGUUCAACAGGGUCCAAAUCACGUUUGACAUUCCCAAGAGACUCGAUAACUUGAACCACAGAUUAUCAUCGCCGUUAUAUCUGUUGAACUAG